AUGAAACUUCUUGGGUCGUUUUUAGGCCUAGCGGCUGCUCAAGAUCAGUGGCGGCCAGCGUAUGCUGAGGGACACGAUGGAAUGGUCCAUCUUUUUGAAUGGUCCUGGAAGUCAAUUGCUGAAGAAUGCGAAAAUUUCCUUGGUCCUCACAAAUUCGCUUCAGUCCAGGUUUCUCCACCAAAUGAGAAUAGACGUGUAGCUGGUCAAUGGUGGGAACGAUAUCAGCCAAUUUCGUACAAUUUGGAUACCCGAUCGGGUGGCCGAGCUGAUUUCAUCGAUAUGGUCGACAGAUGCAAUGCUGUUGGUGUCAGAAUCAUUGUUGAUGCGAUCAUUAAUCAUAUGUGUGGAGAAGACGCUCUCUCGGGCACAGGAACAGGCGGAUGUCAAUACAACACCGACACACUUGAAUUUCCUUGUGUUCCUUUUUCAUCGGGAGAUUUCAACGACUACCGAUGCGGCAGCCAGAAUGGUCUCAUCAACAAUUACGGUGAUCCAAACGAAGUUCGAAACUGUAGACUUGUCGGGUUGACUGAUCUUGAUCACAGUAAGAGCUCAACUGCAGAUAAGAUUGCGGCUUACAUGAACGAUCUAAUCGAUAUUGGUGUUGCCGGUUUCCGCGUGGACGCAGCGAAACACAUGUGGCCAGAAGAGACUGAAAUUCUUUACGGAAAAUUACACGAUCUUCCAACGGGAAAAGGUUUUCCAGCAAACACCCGUCCAUGGAUCGGCCAAGAAGUUAUUGAUCAGGGAGGCGAGCCAAUUAAAAAAGAGGAGUAUGUUGGAAUGGGCGCAGUAACUGAGUUCAACUACUGCUUUUCCCUUGGAAACUUGCGUGGAUCUCUUGCUCAGCUUAAAACUGUUGCGGACAAGCCUUCCAACUGGGGUUUCCUAAGCAAUAAAGACGCUUUUGUUUUCACAAACAACCAUGACAAUCAGAGAGGCCACGGCGGCGGCGGUGGCGGAAUCGUAACUUUCAAGUCUCCUCACGAUCUUCCAUAUGUAACGGGAAUGAUGAUGGCUCUUCCCUUCGGAACAAAACGAAUUAUGUCAUCUUACCUGUUUGAAGACGGUGAUCAAGGUCCGCCAGCGGCACAGCCUUCCACUGCUGACCCAACAGCCGAAUCAUGCAACAACGACUGGGUUUGCGAACACAGAUGGGCAGGUAUCCGAAAUAUUGGUAUGCUUGGUGGAGCGAUGAGAAGCGAACCAGAUAGCUAUUCUAACUGGUGGGACAACGGUUCUAGUCAGGUUUCCUUUUCUAGAGGAACUGGUUGGUUCGCAGUCAACAGUGAUGCUUGGGCCAUGGAAGGUGGUAUUCAAACUGGCCUGGCAGCUGGCAAAUACUGCGACCUCGCACAGUCGGACUUGGACUCCUGCGAUACCUUCAUCAAUGUCGAUGCUAGUGGCAUGGCUUGUGUCAAUAUUCAGGCUGGACAAAACGUUCCAAUGAGCUACACAAUUGCGGACGCUCGCGUUGGAGAUUUUACAGGAGUCAACGAUGACUGCGGUGACUUGACCGAAGGCCCCACUAGUGAGUGUCUUGAUUGCUCUUGCCCAGACAACAAGAAAAUCGACUGUGGACAUGGUUCAAUUACCGAGAAUGAGUGCUACGAAAAGGGCUGUGCUUGGUGCCCAGUCGCUGCCGCAAAGGGUGCUUUAGGCACUCCUUGGUGCAUUGUUCUUGCUGAAGAUGCAAAGCCGCCAACACCCGGUCCAACUGAUCCAACAAACCCAGGAACAUGCCCGCCAUCUAAUUCUCGAGAAGACUGCGGAUAUAUGGGAAUCGAUCAACGGGGUUGUGAGCAAAAAGGCUGUCUCUGGUGCCCUGUGAGAGCAGCUGAUGGUUCUGCCGAAGCGGGAAUCCCUUGGUGCACAUAUGGCGCUUCUGUGACAACAACGACAAAACCUACUACUCAAACUCCUAGCCCUCACUGUCCACCAGAUGAAGAGCAUCGGGAGUGUGGUUAUUCCGGAAUCAGUCAAGAAAGCUGCGAAGCAAUCGGAUGCGGCUGGUGUCCAUCUCAGCCUGGUUUCGCGUGGUGCACUUAUCUCUCCGAAACCACAACUACAGGUGGUAAUACUGGGACCACUCCAACCGCCUCCACAACAACUACUAAACCUACAGGAUCAACUACAACAAAACCGAACGGCGGAACUGAUGAAUGUUUGCCAACGCAGCAAUGCCCCGCAACUGGCAAUUGCAACAUCCCGGAUCUCGCUGAUAGAAAAGACUGCGGCGAACUCGCAUCAACGCCGGCGACAUGUGUUGCAUCAGGCUGCUGUUGGGAAGAACAGCCGCCGGGGCCAAUUGAUCCGGAAGAUCCUGAUGGACCUUGGCCAGCAUGGUGCUAUCAUCCCUUGUAA